UACUACACUUACUCGAUCUAAACUUACUUGCAACGAGUAAUGGAGCAACCUUCAGUGUUAUUCAAGCUACAAACUUUAAUUUCGGAUUAUUUCAGAUAAUGGAUAUAGGUGAACGGCGUGCUUUAUUAUAUUCAUCUUAGAGGGCAAUGGCGAUAGCGAAAUAGUAACCCAUUACGGUUCUGUUUCCUUUUUGACGUUCGGGCUGUAUAACUUCACGUUCUAAUCAAACAUAUAUCACGAAAAACCAAGAAAAUCUUACAACAUAGCCACUUCUGAAAAUUUGAAGAUUUGGGAAAUAUUUAUUCAGAAUUAUAAAUAUUUGAAAUCUCCUGCGUUAUUACGUUUCAAAAUGAAAUACUAAACGAUUCCUUAGCUUAUUUGAGAAAUUAAAUUCAAACAAUCCACUCAUUCUUAUCUAUUGACGUUUUGAUGCGACAUUGGUCUCUUGAGACAGGCGUGUUUGAAGGGGCUUGGCUAGCUGCUAUCUGCAUGAAUUAAGACGUAGGAAGAAGCAACCCUGCUGGACCGUACAGUCAGGCAAAAUAAAUCAAAACUCGCUCUCUGAUAAUCGGAUGGACAAAAUGGAGAGUCUUCGAGACGGCAGACUGAGACGCGACAGUCAAAUCAAAGGACUCUACGAGUUUGAAAAGACCUUGGGCAAGGGACACUUUGCAAUAGUCAAACUGGCAAAGCAUCUCUACACUGGUGAGCGAGUGGCGAUCAAAGUGAUAGACAAGAGCAAGUUGGACGAGGUGUCCAGAGUUCAUCUGUACCAGGAGGUGGCUUGCAUGAAGAUGGUCAAACACGAGAACAUCGUCCAGCUCUACGAGGUCAUCGACUCAACCAAGUUCCUCUACAUCGUCCAGGAGCUGGGCGAUGGAGGCGACAUGUACGACUUCCUCACCAAACACGAAGGUGGAUUACCGGAAGACAAGGCUCGCGACUUCUUCCAGCAAAUAGUUUCCGCAAUCACAUACUGCCAUGACCUACACAUUGUACACAGAGACUUGAAACCGGAGAAUGUGGUGUUGUCGCGCAACCAAGAUGUAGUGAAGAUAACUGACUUCGGUUUCAGCAAUCAGUACACACCUGGAACACAUCUGAGGACAUCCUGUGGCUCCUUGGCAUACUCAGCUCCAGAGAUACUCCUCGGCGACUCCUAUGAAGCAGCAGCUGUCGACGUAUGGAGUUUGGGAGUACUGUUGUUUAUGCUGGUGUGUGGGGAGGCCCCGUUCAAUGAGGGCACAGACAGUGAGACACUGACCAUGAUCAUGGACUGCAAGUUCACCCUCCCUCACGAACUUUCAGACGAGUGCAAAGAUCUGGUAAGCAAUCUUCUAAAGCGUGAACCAGAAGACAGAUUAUCGCUGGCCCAAAUUCUCGAUCACCCCUGGAUGAAAAUGGCACCCUCGCCCGACACCCCUUUGACGCACCAGCCCCCCAACCCCCACUCAAACAUUACCCACAUAAACACUAACACGGGCACACACUACGGAAGUAUCUGUCAUCCAUCAGUAGGAAGCAGUUAUAAAUUGAGUCCCAACGGGGGACCCGUACCCGCCUCGAGUCACCAGGGUCAGGGGGCAUUCAGAGGGGUGCAUCGAGUUGGGGGAUCUCACUGGCAGAACACAGUGAUUACACGUGAUAUGAUUACGGAAGAAGAACACAGAGAAAUAGUGGAUUGUAUGACGACGCAGAACAUAGCAGAUGAACCGGCCAUUCUUCACUCCUUGAAUUCGGAAGCAUACGACCACAUAUCUGCCACUUAUUUUCUACUUGCUGAAAAGCGACUGAAGCUGCAGCACGACGAGCGGCUCAAAGCACUCGGAGGCUCCGCUGUGUUCGGACUCACUCCGACAACCUCGAACGGUGGCGGCAUUCAACCAUCCUCCGGAAACAAUAUCGGUGGACUCCAAUGUCAGGGCAGACGCUCCCCUCUACUUUUUACCCCUCUUCAAUUGAAUACAAAUAGCUUAGGUGGUGCAAAUUAUCACCUACAGCAGUCUACUCCUCACAGUGCGACACAUGCAAUGACGACACCCAACAGCCCCAUGCACGCUUUGAAUGUGUCUUCGUCUGGUGGGGUGGGGCAAGGGGGAGGGGGAGGGGGAGGAUUGAGCAACAGGAGUGCGAAUGCGUCCGGAGACAGCAGUUCUGUGUUGUCUGUUGCAAAUGGCCAGAUGAUAGGUGGGGCCAACAGGGCAUCCAUGUCUGUUGCCUCCUCAGGAAACGUGAUGCAACUGCCACUCAGCAAUAGAAGUGCAAGUAACAGUUUUACGGACGAACAGAUCACAGAUAUCUCAGACAGGCGAGCUAGUGUAUUAAACUCCCCUGAUCUAAAGGAGGUGAAGAAAAGUUGCUCUCGUAAUGCAGGCAAAGAAAUGACUGACAAGCCUAAAACACAGCGUUCCUGGUCGGCCGGGCCUGGAAUCUCCACUGCAAUAAUCCAUCAGGGUAGCAACUUCAUGGUAGUCGGACGCGAUUCGGCCUCACCUUCUCCGCCACCGCUCGUGUCGCGGUUCGGUGGGGUGAGUUCGUAUGAGUCCCUAGCAACGCACACUUCGCACGGCGGGUCUUCAGUUAGCACGGCGACAUCUGUCACGCGUGUGCCCAACAGAGAACACCUAACGAUUGCGCCCUCUUACAAUCGGAACAUUCUGAAGGAGGAUGUGAACAAACUAGUGGAACAGGAACAGGAACAGAGACUCAAUUUAUCAGUUUGUGAAAAUGACAUUCCAAAUCUGCUUUUGGUUCCGUCGGCUACAACUGACUCAGCCUCGAAGCCAAAAAUAUCCUCAAACUCAUCUUCUCGUGGAGCCCUUCAGAGCUCUCGGCUGUCGGAACCCCACGCGGGGGGACUCGGAAAACUAGUGGAGGAGGAGGGCGAGUCAGAACUGGAUGAUUUCGAGGACGGAGGUACCGGACCUUUUUUAGGCGGGGCGAGAACGUCUAGGGGACACAAUAGCAGCCGGUUCAAAGCACGAAACAACAGUUUAGGAACCCUGUUUUCGAGGAAGCAGAACCAACAGAGAAGACUGUCUGCCGGACACAGCCCGGAGUGUCUGCGGAGAAAUGCGAACAGUGGAGGUACUCUGGGUGCGGGAGUGGGCUCAAGGUCUGGAGAGAAUGAAGGAAACGGAGGGGGUCUGAAAACUACGUUCACUCUGAGUCGCAGAAGCACUCCAACCAGGAGUCACUACAACUCGGACGAAUCGGGAGGAGAAGACGCCGACAACAGGCUUCGGAACAUCAGCCGGUUUAGCGAGAGCGAUAGAUCACUCGGCUAUUCUCUCGCCCAUCACCAUCAUCAACAGCGACACAGCUUCAACCAGUGCUCUGAUGACUCAUCGGUGGAAAGACCCUCUCGCUUCAGAGCCCAAAACAACCACGCAUACCAUCACCAGAGCUCACUUCUAGCAGGUAUGGAGCGAAAUGACCUCUCAGGAUCAAGCAACUCAACCCCAAAUAACAGACGUCAAAGACGGAAGAAAAAGUCAUUAAACGAAAGCUUGAAAAGAUCAAAUCUCAGUGUGAGCUCAAUUGUUUCCACUCUAAGCAGCAAAUACCCAAUUGACCCCACAAAUAAUACCCCUAGUGACUCAGACAGUGUUAGCUCGAGGAAGACGUCUUCGUAUGCAUGUAAUAAAUUGGCAGAAGGAAAUGAGUAUGACUCAUCGACCAGACUGCUCAGCGGGAAGCACACGGUAACACUGGCGGCCAAUUUGAUCAACUUAGUAGAGGAAGAGCCCAUGUCCAGCGGGUCUCCAAUUGCAUACCAGCCAUCAAAGGCUGCGAGUUCGAGUCCCUACAAAGCCGGACUGGAAAGUGGAUCCUCUGGUAGCGCUGGCACUCGCGAAUCGUUGGAAGGACGACCAAAUGUGAAAUGCGAGUAUAAUAAACUAAACGUCAAAGGAGCGGAAGUCUCGAAAAGUAAAUCGAAAGUGGAAUCUUCAUUAGAAAAUCGUAAGCGAAGAAGAAAAACUAGAAAGUCGAGACGAGCGUUUUUUACGUCAUGCAUGAAAGGAUCUGUAGAUACCACAAUUUCAGCGACAUCGGACGAAAAAAUAGAAGGUAAAUGCUCCGAAAGCCAAAGUCUUUUAGCGGCUGAAUGCUCAGAAAACUCACCCCAGCCGAAAAUAUCGAACAGUGAGUCUAAUUUAACUGGGUCUAAGCCAAAAACGGAAAACACAACGCGGAAACCGAUAUCAGAUCAACCGUGCAGUGUUGAUGCUGUCCGAAGCGUUAAUGACAAAACAGCGAAGAGUUGUCAGCAGCAGAAAAAGAUGGAAAAACAGUCGAUGGCGGCGGGGGAUGGAAGUUAUCAGUAUAACGACAGUAGCGCAGUUCCAACUUCUCGCUGUUGUGGAAUCCAAUAAAAUAGACUAAAUUUAAUGAUUCUUUUGAACUUUAUGACCGAUUUUAAAGCAGAUGCUCAUUUUGAACAGAUUGAAUUUUCUAUUUUCAGAGUUUUAUUCAUACUUUGCAUUCAAAUGCUAUCAGUAGAGGCAAUUGACAUGUUUAUAUCA